GAUUAAAAUAAUUCCAGAUCCUCCCCGAAUUCGCCUAAAAAGUAUACUAAUAUAUGGCGUCAAAGGAAAAGAAGUACAGUUAAGGUGCCCAGUUGAUGCCGAUGGACAGGAUUAUUUUUACGAAUGGCAGAAGGAUAAAGAAACAUACGAUGCUAUCGAACGUGAUUUAAAUUAUAAAGUAACUCGAAAAGGUGUGUUGAAAAUUAAGCAAGCGGAGAAACAAGAUGGAGGCGAAUGGACGUGUAGAGUUACCAACGGAUUUGGUAGUGUUGAAGCCAUUGUUUAUUUAGAAAUUAUCGAGGAAAAAGAAUUACCUAUGUUUUCGCAAAAUAGUCAGAUAGAAAAUGAUUAUCCUGAAGUCCAUCAUAAGAAGUAUCAUUUUGGAAGUAAACCAAGGUGGUUGGAUUUAUAUAAAUUCGAUUCUACUGACAAACCUGCGGGCAGUACGGCCAUUUUGAAAUGUAAAGCGGCAGCAAAACCUGAGCCUAGCAUUACGUGGUAUAAAAAUGGUAAAAUUUUAGAGCACGGGCCUAGAAUAAAAAUACACGGAUAUAAACUUUUAAUAGAAAGUCUAAGAGAAACGGAUAGUGGUGUUUAUACUUGUAUUGUUUUCAAUCUUCACGGAUCCAUUCAGAGAAAUUUUACGUUAGACGUCAUCGGUAUAGUCAACGAAGAGCCCGUAAUAACAGGAAAUCAUCUAGUCAACACAACGGUAUUUUUUAACGAAACGGCAACUUUUCGGUGCAACGUAAAGAGUAAAGUCCGUCCAAUAAUAAAGUGGCUGAAACAAGUAACAUCUAACGAUAACAAGAACGGGCAGCCAACUUUUAAAGUGAACAACGAAUCGUACAUAGUCCUGAAAUCCUCCGAACACGUUAAACAGGAGAACGACUCCUACUUAAACAAAUUAAUUAUAAGGAAUGCCAAUAUGAAACAUGCCGGAAAGUAUGUCUGCUGGGCAGCCAACAUUCAGGGAUAUAACUUUAAAAGUGCCUCUCUGUCUGUCAUAGAACCGCCUAGUCAAAUGGAGCCCAAAAGUGAAAGGUUAACCAGCGAUAUAGUUAUUGUUAUUAUUGUUGUUGCUAUAGUAGUUACGGUGUUUAACGUAGUUCUUUUUGCUCUUUACGGAAUAUCCCGUUGCAGAACAAAUCGCAAUUCAUCUUACAAGCGUUAAAACAUUGUUUUUUAAGUCAUUUUAUUCUCGCUCAUCCAUUUGUAAUUAUAGCAUUUUUUUUUUAAUUAUUAUUGGAAUUCUGUUUUAGAGUGAAAGCAAAGUUUGCCAUUCUGCCAGAAAUUUUAUUAUUAUUAUUUAUUGAUGUUUUGUCAUGAAGAAAAAAAUGUUUUUAUAUUAAAAAUAUUU